UCGGAAGACCUUGCUCAGAGCACCAGCAUGGCGGUGGUGCGUGGAGAGGUAUCAUUGCCAGGCCCCGUGCCUGAGCAGCUGGCCACCGCGUUCGCGCAAUGUCAGGAAACCGAGCCAGAAGGGCCUCCCAGCAAGCGUCGCAAACUAGCAGAUGGUGAGACCAGCAGUACCAAUUCUCCUCGUUCUCUGGAUUCAAACGCGAGGAGGCCUAUCGGUUAUAUUACCUUGGCCCGUAUUCUCCUGGAUUUGAGUUACGCAGAAUCUAUUGGCGAUUUCGGACAAGGAGACUCUUCUCCUAACGAGAGACUUGCGAUCCCCGUGUUUAUUCGGAGUGUUGGGGCUCUGGCUGGCGAUCGGGAAUUUAAGCUAGAGCUUGCCACCGUACAAGGGAAGCGGGUUCUGUUUCAGGACACAAUACGACAGUCAGAGAUCACGAAUUUAGGCGCUCAACUUCAGCUGCUGAGUGGGCUUGUUUCCACGGAUCGGGCCCGCCAGACUCAGCCUUUAGUAUGCUAUCAGUCUACACUACACGCUCUGUCUGACCGAAAGUCUUUCCAACUCGAGCUCAACAUUCUCUGGAAAGACUCGUUGGAAAUUCCUCGUCGAUUCCCCAAAGAAGCUCGGCUUAUUCUCCAGACUUAUGUUCCCUAUGGACUCCCGGAGUACCCAUCGACAGUAUCCCAUGUUAAUGGUCAAAAGAAAGUUAGAGCGACAUGGUCUCCACGGGACUUCUACGACAAUGUCCAUGUUCCUGAACGUACUCCGGCGGCAUCUGCAGAUAUAAAGUGCGAUCUUAUUCAAUGCCAGCUUUACCCAUUUCAAACCAGAGCCGUCCGGUGGCUUCUUCAGAGAGAAGGCAUGCAGCUUCAGCCCGAUGGUAAAGUCGUUCCAGCCGAACCGGAGCCAUCUGAGGAACUUCCAGACUCCUUUUACGAAUUUACAGAUGCGGAUGGGAGACGCUGUUUCGCUAGCCAUUUGUUUCUCACGGUAACAACAAAUCUUUCUGGAUGGAAAGAUGCUGGACGCUAUCUUAAGGGCGGCAUUCUUGCGGAAGAAAUGGGGCUCGGCAAAACAGUGGAGAUGAUCAGCUUGAUGUGUCUCAACCAACGUCCGCUGACACUCAGUGACGAAGGCUCGUCUACCGACAGUAAAGGUCUCCUUGAAUCCCGCGCGACAUUGAUAAUUACUCCGCCCGCAAUUCUCGAGCAGUGGAAGCAGGAAAUCAAUACACAUUCUCCUGGUCUUCGCGUCCUUCAUUACACCGGGAUUCCUCGAAAUUCUGAAUCUUUGAACGAGGAUCUGGUCAAGACGGUUGCUAAUAAUGAUGUUGUGCUUACUACAUACAACGUUCUCUCACGCGAAGUUCACUACGCAGGUGACGCUCCCAGGCCGAACCUUCGCCACCAGAAAAGGUUCGAAGUCCGGAAAACGCCCCUGGUGCAGAUAUCAUGGUGGAGAGUGUGCCUUGAUGAAGCUCAGAUGAUUGAAAGCGGCGUCAGUAAUGCUGCUAGGGUUGCUCGAGUUAUCCCUCGCCAGAACGCAUGGGCUGUAACAGGCACUCCGUUACGGAAAGACAUCAAAGAUUUGUUCGGGCUUCUAUUGUUCCUUCAUUACCAGCCAUUCAGUGACGGAUUAGAUAUCUGGACGAGACUGUACGAGAAUUUCAAACCUGUGUUCAGACGCAUCAUUGGCAAACUUGCGCUUCGACACAGCAAAGACCGCAUUCGAGAUGAGCUACGUCUACCGCCUCAGAGGAGAGUUGUAAUCACGGUUCCUUUUACACCCAUUGAAGAGCAGCAUUACGGUCAUCUUUAUGAGCAGAUGUGCGAGGACUGUGGUCUUGACAACACUGGCACACCACUAUCUGGUGACUGGGAUCCUAACUCUCAAGCCGUGAUCGAUAAAAUGCGAAGCUGGUUGACGAGAUUACGGCAGACAUGCUUGCAUCCUGAGGUAGCUGGGGGCAACCGUCGUGCAUUUGGGGUCGCUAACGGACCAUUGCGGUCGGUGAACGAGGUGCUUGAAGUUAUGAUUGAUCAAAAUGAUACGCUUAUUCGCACCGAGGAGCGUGCCCUUCUACUCUCACAGACCAGGCGUGGUCAGUUGUUAGAGAACGCUCAUCGCGGUAAGGAAGCCCUCCAAAUAUGGCAAAAUGCCUUAGCCCGGGCCAGUGAGAUCGUCCAAGAUUGUCGCGACCAGCUCCAGGCAGAACGCGAGAAGGAGAGGGCUGCACGCGAGACUUUGGAUAACGACACAGCCUCUGUCGAUACUACUAGUGACAAGGAGGACGGCGAAGAAACAGCAAAGAAUAGUCGCAUCGGCACUUACCGGGCAAAGCUUCGGGCUGCACUGGAGGUUCAACAUAUCUGUACAUUCUUCACUGGAAACGCCUAUUAUCAGAUCAAAACAGAUCGCGCUCUCACUGAACCCGAUUCUAAAGAGUUCAAGGAGCUCGGGAAAUUGGAAGAAGAGGCGUAUGAGGCCGCGAAGCAGAUCCGAAAGGAGAUUCUGUAUGAUAUCUCCCAAAAGGCUGGGCGGUAUAUGAAGACCAUCAGACAAAAGUCGGUUACGAAGUCCUUGGUCCACAUACCCAACAUGAAGCCGCACUUGUACAGCAGUGGGCUCGAAGGACGUCGUCUAUUUGAGAGAUUUGAAGACUUCUGCGACGCUUUGAAUCGUCAUGCCGUCCAGUAUAACGAAUGGCGCGAUUCUAUGAUAAAGUUACUCCUUCAGCCGUUGGUUGAUGAGGAAGAGAAUGAAUUGGAAGGAAAUGAAUAUGAGACGUCGACAAAACACCAGGACGAGAUGUAUGUCUAUAUGGAGGCACUACGUGCCAUGUUUGCGGAUAGAAAUGACGCUAUCACCGGCCAAAGAAACGUCCUCAUUGCGCAUGAGAUCAAAAGCGGAAUUAUCCAGGCGGAGAAAGGCGAAGGUCCUUCUCCUGAGCUCUUCCGUAACAUCAUGAACACCCGCAGCAAAAUCAAGCCUGAUCCUACUCUUGGGUCGCUCCGUGGAAUCAUUAGCGAGUUGCGUAGCCUUGCUACGUCCCUUGAAUGGCAGGAAAGCGGGGGGAGUAGCAGAGCUAAGGCUGAGCUUGAGAUUGUCAACCAAGUUCUAGCUAAUGCCAGUCAGAUGGCUACAGAACAGGCGAAGGUAAUAUCUGGCUUGGAAAGGGAGGUGGAAAUGUUCCGUGAUACGAUGAAUAAUCGCCUGGAAUAUUACCGUCAACUACAACAGAUAUCAGAUACUGUGGCCCCCUACGAUGAAGAGAGUGUGGGUAAACCGAUGAAUGAGGAACUCUUCGCCGCAAAGCUCAAGCAGGAAUCCCAAAUCGACGGCAAGAUUUCGGGACUGAAGGCGAAGCGUCGGUACUUAAUACAUCUUCGUGAAGAGCCGGGCUCAGAGGAUAGUUCGAGAAUCUGCGUUAUCUGCCAGUCUUCGUUUGAAAUCGGUGUUUUGACGGUUUGUGGGCACAAAUACUGCAAAGACUGCCUGCGUUUGUGGUGGCAUCAACACCGAACAUGUCCCACAUGCAAAAAACGUCUGAAGGUCAGGGACUUUCACCAAAUAACGUACAAGCCUCAAGAUUUAGUCAUACAGGAAGAGAAGCCCCCAGUGAAGCCGGGAUCCGACCGCUCACCAAAUAAAUCUAUAUACACAGAUGUCAGUUCCGAUAUUAUGAGAGAGAUCAAGAACAUUGACCUCGAUGGCUACUUUGGGACAAAGAUCGACACUCUGGCACGUCAUCUCAUAUGGCUGCGCCAAAACGACCCUGGUUCGAAAUCGAUUGUCUUCUCGCAGUACAAACAUUUCUUGAGUCACCUGGGCGUUGCCUUCAGUCGCUUUAAGAUCGGACACAUCAGCGUCGACAAUAAAGAUGGCAUUGAACGGUUCAAAAGCGAUCCGGCUAUUGAAUGCUUCCUGUUGCAUGCAAAAGCACAUUCAUCUGGUCUCAACCUCGUCAAUGCGACUCACGUCUUUCUAUGCGAGCCGCUUAUCAACACCGCAAUCGAGCUGCAGGCUAUCGCCCGUGUACAUCGUAUAGGGCAGCAUCGACCAACCACCAUCUGGAUGUACUUGGUCUCAGACACUGUGGAGGAGACCAUUUACGACAUCUCUGUUUCCCGGCGUCUGACACAUAUCGUGCAGAGAGAGAAAGAAAAGGGAGCUCAGUCACCGACCUCUGAUAGUCCUAAUGGUGCUACUGUUCAGAACCUCUCAGAAACGGCGAUUGAUUCUGCGAAUUCUCUGGAACUCCAAGACGCGACGCUAUCCAGGCUAAUGACAGGCGGUUCAGCGGGUGGCGAAAUUGUCAGGAAGGAUGAUUUGUGGCAGUGUCUGUUUGGAAAAGCCAAUCGAAGCGGCACUCCAGGCCACUCACUAGAGGCCGAACGUGAAGUGGGACGCUUUUUGAGAGCAGAAGCCGCAGAGGAAAGAAAGAAAGCCUCUACAGUUGAUUCCUCCAUUUAUUGACCGAUCUCUAAUAGGUCUUUUUUUUUGUUCUUCCCGACCUUUCUUGUCUGAUUUUCGAUAUAUAUAUGCAUAUAUAUGGCCUUGAUUUCUGUCUCGACUAUAUAUAGCGCUGAGAUGGGAGAGUACCUAGUAUUAUUCCGAUCUUAUCUCUAUAGGCGUUACGAGAUACCCUGCUAAAGAAGCAGCUGCUUUUACCUCAUCAGUUAUUUUUGGGAGAAUAUGAAUUGAAAUAUCACAGGAGCACAGCUAUAUGUCAUGUCUUAAGCCAGAUAGUUGAAUGUCUUUGAGUAGGACUCAGUUUCUCGAUUCAAUUCGCAAUGUAUAGAGAUCAGCAGGACCAACGCGUACUUCAAUACCUUGGUAAACAAGCUGUCCUAAGGACCUCAGCGAUGAUAGUUUCAGUAGCUCUAAUACACUUCCGUGAAUAAACUUCGUGUCAAUGCAAGCUACU